UAAGAAAUGGGUGACUGGAGUUUCUUGGGGAACAUUUUAGAGCAGGUGAACGAGCAGUCCACUGUCAUCGGGAGAGUUUGGCUCACAGUGCUCUUCAUUUUCCGCAUCCUGAUCCUGGGAACAGCUGCUGAACUAGUAUGGGGAGAUGAACAGUCAGACUUUGUGUGCAACACCCAGCAACCUGGUUGUGAGAAUGUCUGCUAUGAUGAGGCCUUCCCCAUCUCCCACAUCCGGCUCUGGGUCCUACAGAUCAUUUUUGUAUCCACGCCUUCGCUAGUGUACUUUGGGCAUGCGGUGCACCACGUCCGCAUGGAGGAGAAGAGAAAAGAGAGGGAGGAAGCUGAGAGGCGUCAGCAAGCUGAGGUGGAUGAAGAGAAGCUGCCCCUAGCUCCAAAUCAAAACAAGGGCAACAACCCGGAUGGGACCAAGAAGUUUCGCCUGGAGGGGACCCUCCUGAGAACCUACAUCUUCCACAUAAUUUUCAAAACUCUCUUUGAAGUGGGAUUCAUAGUUGGCCAGUAUUUCCUGUAUGGCUUCCGCAUUCUCCCCCUUUACCGCUGUGGGCGGUGGCCCUGUCCCAAUCUAGUGGACUGUUUUGUCUCCAGGCCUACAGAGAAGACUAUCUUUAUUAUGUUCAUGCUCGUGGUGGCUUCUGUGUCCCUCUUCCUCAACCUGGUGGAGAUCAGUCACUUGAUCCUGAAAAGGAUCCGGAGGGCUUUGAGAAGACCAGCAGAGGAGCAAAUCGGUGAGGUGCCAGAGAAGCCCCUCCAUGCUAUUGCAGUGUCCUCCAUCCCGAAGGCCAAAGGCUACAAGCUGCUAGAAGAAGAAAAGCCAGUGUCCCACUAUUUCCCUCUCACAGAAGUAGGGGUUGAGCCCAGUCCCCUUCCAUCAGCCUUCAAUGAGUUUGAGGAGAAGAUUGGAAUGGGGCCAUUGGAAGAUCUCUCCAGGGCAUUUGAUGAGAGGUUGCCAUCGUAUGCACAAGCAAAGGAACCGGAAGAGGAGAAGGUAAGAGCAGAGGAGGAAGAGGAACAAGAGGAGCAGCCAGCACCUCAGGAGGAGCCAGGGGUGAAGAAAGCAGAGGAGGAGGUGGUGAGCGAUGAAGUGGAAGGGCCUUCAGCACCUGCUGAACUUGCCACUGAUGUGAGAUCCCUCAGCAGGCUAAGUAAAGCCAGCAGCCGGGCCAGGUCAGAUGAUUUGACUGUUUGAGGAUGCAGGAUAUGAGGAGCAUAUGAAAAGAAAAAGAAGAAAAAGAAAAGGAGAGAGAAAGAAUCAGAAGAAUUUUAAGCAAAGUGCUAAAAUGAUCAUUUAAAUAUUAUUUCAUCUUGAGAUUCUCAACUGGAAAGGUACUAUUGUGGUAACUGUGCCUUAUUUGCCCUAUAUGUCCAUUUGAAAAGGAACAUUUUCCGUUUCUACAUGCCAGCUCAUUUCUUACAGUAAUAUCUACAUUGUCCACAUAAGUGAUGUGUUUUAAAACCUAAUGUGGCAGUGAAACCCAAAUGUCACCACUGUGAAUGUACUUACUGGAAGCUUCGUGUUCCACAUUUCCUUAGGAAUGUGGGGAGGAUCUGUCUCAUGAGCCAUUUAAGGGGAAGACUAAUAAACAACUGUAUCUAGUAUUUCUUUUUCUGUUUUCACCUAUGGCAUGCAGAGCAGAUCUCCCCUUCACUGUUGGCAUGGAUUUGCAAUUAUUUAAUUCACAAAGUGAAUUCUGUGUUUGGCAUUGACACCAAAACAGUAAGCACUAUUUCCCCCUCUUUAUUGAGAAAGAAAAGACCAAAAAUAUCUAUGAUUUCUUUGUGAAUGUAAAUUUCAGUUAGGUAAAAAUAUUUUAUUUUCCCUUUGUCAAAAACAUUUUUGCUCUUUUAGUGACAUUGACAGUGGGCAAGGCUAACUCUAGCUCUCUCCUAGGACUUAGCAGAUGCUCACAGAUGGAUUAUUUGUU